UUUCUUUUCUUGUUCCUGACAACUUAGAAGAAAUGUGGUGCCAGGGGAGCCCUGUCGCUUUAAGCCUAAGCCCUGGUUUAGGUGGAGACUUGGGAGGGCAGCGGAGGGUGCGAGCCUACCUGGGGAACCUGCGCGAGGUGUGGCCGCAGACGCUUGGGAUGCGAAGUGGGUGGGGGCGGGCUGAAAGUUGGACAAGCAGGAAGUGAACCGACGGCCGCCCGGGAGGAAACAGACUAGGCGAGAGUUCUGCCGCCGACAGGCCCGAGCUGCUCGGAAACAUGGAGGAGGCCAGUGGUGGAGAUGACCGUGUGCGGAACCUGCGGAGUGAAGUGGAGGGGGUCAAGAAUAUUAUGACCCAAAACGUGGAGCGGAUCCUGGCCCGGGGAGAAAACUUGGAUCAUCUCCGCAACAAGACAGAGGAUCUGGAAGCCACAUCCGAGCACUUCAAGACCACGUCGCAGAAGGUGGCGCGGAAGUUCUGGUGGAGGAAUGUGAAGAUGAUCGUUCUGAUCUGCGUGAUCGUUUUCAUUAUCAUCCUCUUCAUCGUGCUCUUUGCCACGGGUGCCAUCCCGACUUAGGGAACCCCUCCCACCCUGCCCUCUUCUUCGGGGGCAACCUUCCACAGUGGGUGCCAAGAGGGGCCCUCUCUCCUGUCCUUCUCCACAGGGAAUGCUGCUCGGUCCUCCCACCCCCCGCUCUGAGGCCCCCUGUCUGCCCCAGGGAGCACCUUGGUCCCCCGGAAGGAGAGAGCUGGACGGUGGCUGUGUUUCAGGGGUCCUCAGAGCUGGGUGGAGAGACCCAGAGGGCCCAGCACAUGGCUGGGAAACUGAUGGAACUGACGGUGGCCAGUGGGCAAUAAAGACCUUUCAGUAUCCCCA